CUUUAAAGUCCAAUAAGAAGAACAAAAACCUAAUACACACAACUCUCGUCCUCCCCCGACGCCACGAUCCCGGACCUCCAAUCGGAUCACUGGACCACCCAAACCCAAAACCAGUAAUGGCAUACCAAUCUGGAGCUCCAAAACAUAACACCUCGCACGAUGAUAGCGAAUCAAAUCGUCGACUCUACAACCCGUACCAAGAUUUGCAGGUACCGAUACAAACCCUAUACAAGCUGCCCACCUCGCCGGAGUACCUUUUCCCGGAAGAAUCCCACGCUCAGCGCAGGUCUUGGGGCGAGAAUCUCACCUACUACACCGGAAUCGGCUAUCUCGCCGGCUCAUCUGCCGGCGCCGCAAAGGGGUUCGUCUCAGGGGUCAAGUCAAUUGAACCCACUGACACGCUCAAGCUGAAGAUCAACCGGAUCCUCAACGGGUCGGGCCAGGCUGGCCGACAGAUCGGAAACAGAUGCGGGAUCAUCGGGCUCCUCUAUGCUGGACUCGAGAGUGGCAUGGUGGCUUACAGGGACAGUGAUGAUGUCAUCAACAGUGUUGUGGCUGGACUCGGCACUGGAGCCCUCUACAAGGCGGCGGCUGGGCCCCGGUCCGCUGCAGUGGCUGGGGCAAUUGGCGGUGUGCUUGUUGGGCUUGCUGUUGCGGGGAAACAGGCCUUGAAAAGAUAUGUGCCCAUCUGAAUAUUUACUUCUUCGUGUUCAUUCUAUCGGGUUUAUGAUCUUAUAAGUUACAAUAAUAUCAAGAAUCUUUCUAUUUGAAGCUGGAAAAUGCAAAUUUUGAUGACUUUUUGAGGAAUUAUGGUACUGAAAUUGAGUUAUAGUAUGUUUGUGCAGGUUCCUGCUUAAUAUUAGUGCUAUAAUGGUGAAUAUAUUCAUAGUCUUACCUACAUUGUCAUUUCAUAAAAAAAUGUAAGCUUUAAUGUUUACAUAGUUUGUAGAAGACGAGGAUUCGUGAAUAAAAUUCGAAAAAAAAAACCUUCAUUGUGGGUAUUCUAUGAUCUCUAACGUGUAUGAAUUUUUA